UAGUUUCUCUUCUUCGUAACUUCCAUUCGAGAAAGUACACGUGCUUAUAACAAAAUGCAGAAGAAACAAAAAGAACCUAUCCAUUCUGUGCAAGUAUUUGGGCGCAAGAAAAGUGCUACUGCAGUAGCUUAUUGCAAACGAGGCCGUGGAAAUCUUCGCGUAAAUGGAAGACCAUUGGAAUUAGUUGAACCUCGCGUUUUGCAGUAUAAAUUGCAAGAACCUAUUUUACUUCUUGGCAAGGAAAAGUUUGCGGGUGUCGAUAUAAGAGUUCGAGUCAACGGAGGUGGUCAUGUAGCACAAAUAUAUGCCAUUCGUCAAGCUAUUUCUAAAGCUCUUGUAGCUUAUUAUCAAAAAUAUGUUGACGAAGCGAGCAAAAAGGAAGUCAAGGAUAUUCUAAUCCAAUAUGAUCGUACUCUUCUGGUCGCAGAUCCAAGAAGAUGCGAACCAAAGAAGUUUGGUGGUCCAGGUGCGAGAGCACGAUAUCAAAAAUCCUACCGUUAAUAUGUUUAUCAUAUUAUAUAAUAUUUAUACCGUUGAAUACAAAAAAAAAA